CAUUUAUUUAUCAUUACUUUAACUGUAAUAUAUAUUAACUUAAAAGAAAAUACGCCUAGGUUAGUUACUUUUGAGAGAGAGAGAUAGGGGAGGAGGGAAGUAUUUCCGUGCUGCACAUUUCCUGUUUCCUAGCAACAAGAGCAAUGUGGAAAUGGGGAUGGAGGAAGGAAAAAAAAAGACAAUUGGAAAAAGGGGGUUGCCCUUUACAGCAGAAAUAACGCUUAUAAAAAACAAUGAAUGAAAACAUAUCCACGGAGGCUCGCGUUGAAUCAUUGCCGCUUGCAGAGAUGUAUUGACUCAGGGAUCAACAGUGAGGAAUACAAACUAUGAGCACAGUUUACCUGCUUCUCCUGAACUCUCCUCAUUGUAUGGAGCUGUAUCUCACUGACCUCUGCUGUGUUACCUCCCUGGAAGCUCCUCGGACCUUAUUGUAAAGAACUGUCUUCUUUUUUUUUUUUAAAUCACGGACAAUAAAGGCGUCUAAUGCAUUUCCCUCCUUUAUAUUCAUACACACUGUGUCCGGCGCACUCGAUUCAUUCGUUAUCUUGUAAUGGCAGUGCAAGAACCUGGCAGGACGACGGGUUUUCCUUGCAAACAAUGUGGCAUGGUAUGUCCCAAUAUGCCCAGUCUGCUCGAGCACAUGGACGCUCACCUUCAACAGGAGGAAGAACGCAAGUUUAAAUGUGAUGAAUGUGGACGUGGUUACAGGCACGCCGGUAGCCUAGCGAACCACAAAAAGACUCAUGAAGUGGGUUCCUUCCAGUGUAACGUUUGUGGUAAAGAAAACUCUAAUGCUUUGGCCCUGAAGAGUCAUCUGCGGAGCCACACGUCACAGAAAAAGUACUCCUGUGCAGAAUGUGGGAAAUCUUUUCGUCUGGCAACACAGCUGGCUACGCACGAGAGGGUUCAUCUUGCCAGGCGAGUGAAGGAGCAGUCGUAUAGAAAAGUAGACAUGGAUUAUCCCACGCAUGAAAAUGAAAAUGAUCACCCACAUCAUCUCAGUGAACAGUCGACCAGCACUGGGAUUCCUGCAGAAGAUAGCCCAGCUGAGGAGAAGAUGGAGGUUGUUUAUAAUGCACAAUCUGAAAUCUCUGAUGAUGCAGCAAAUCGACCUUUCAGGUGUGAUCUAUGUGACAAAUCAUACAUACACCAUAGAAGCCUGACUAAUCAUAAAAAGACUCACCAAGUGGGAAUGUUCGAGUGCACGGUGUGUUUCAAACUCUUCAAUAACAUGGCUGCCCUCUACAGCCACCAGAGGACUCACAAGGCAAGAAGCGGGACGGACCCUGCUUCAAUGGGUGGGUCGUACUCGGGCACACCACUGGACCAGUUUUCACCUCAGAGUCAGGAUGCCCAAGUCAAUUUUUGCCAUUUGUGUCAGGUUUUAUUCCCCAAUGAUGAAGAGUUCCAGGAACACAUCCAGAUGCAUAACUCUUCAUCUCUGUCAUUUGGACUUCAAGACACCUUGUCAGAGACCCACAAUAUAUCAUAUGACAACAGUAUCGCUUCGCCCGAGUCCAAUUUUUAUGCAUCUCCUAUAAAUAACAUCCCCUCAGUAUCAUCAAUAGAUAAUCAUGGAGUCUUUGAUCAGCCGCAGGAGCAGAUCAUAAGCAACGGUCAUGUGUACUCCGACUGCUCCAAUAAUCAAACACCAUCUUCCAAUAGUACUCAGGGAGAACCCCCAGUCAUGGAAACAAGCAUUCUCGAUCCUGCCCUGUUGCACACACAAAACGCUGACAAUGAAAGCGAAAUGGAAGAGCCUUCGGCUGUAGAUUCUGACGAGCGUCCCUUCAAGUGUCAAAUCUGCGGGAAAAGCUACCGGCACUCCGGGAGCCUCAUCAACCACAAGCGGUCACACCAGGUGGGGAUUUACCAGUGCUCCAUCUGCAGAAAAAAUUAUCCUCACCUGGCUGCCCUCAAAAGUCAUCUCCGUCUCCACAAAGCUCAGCCUUCAUCUUUUAACCUCAUCGGUGAGGGAGAUUGGCUGUCCUCAGAGCCCCUCACUCUGGAUAACCAACAGGGCUGCUGCUUCUCCUCUCAAGAUGAGGAGGAGGAGGAGGACGGCACUCAUCCUGUGCUUGGUAUGGAUCAAGAGAAUAGUGCUGACCACAGUAAUGGGGCUUUGUAUCAUGAGCAGUUCAAUCAGGACUUUUCCCAGCAUAUGCAUCUACCUCACAAUGAACACCUGAUGCAGAGGCACAUGUGUGCAGACUGCGGAGAGACUUUUGCGGAUAUUGCAGGGAUUAAGUCUCACAGUUGCCCACUGCUACAGCAGCAGCAUGACACUACUGGUAGUGACUAUGACAGUAAUAUAAAUUUCCAGGACAGUAAUGGUCACUGUGCCGUUGGAAAUCCAGGGAGUGAUGUCGAGUUUCAUGGUCUGAACGGUAGCCACGACCAAAGUUACUUUGAGCAGAGUUUCCACGACAAUAUGAGCAGCGAUCAGCUGAACGGCGGCAGAGAAGGCGAUAACGCUGAUGAUGAGGAGUACGACGAUGGAGAUCUUUAUCAGUGCUCCAUAUGUGGAAACAGCUACACCAGCAUGAGAGCUCUCAGGAGUCAUCUCCGAGGGCACACCCAAUCCCAUGGUACUCCUGCAAGCUCAGGGCCUUCUUCCAUGUCCUCCCAUGAAGAAGUAAAAGAUGAAGAGCCUGGAGAGAUGAUGAUCUGCAGCACGUGCGGGGAAAGUUUUGCAAAUAGGCAGGACUUGAUAACUCAUCAGCUUCUACACAACAAGGAUGACGCAGAUAACGUCGAUCAUUUACAAGUAAACAACAGUCAUGUGUCUGGAGGCAAGGAGGAAGCACAGAGUAUCAUCUGCGGCAGCUGUGGCAUCUUCUGCACCAGCUUCCAUCACCUCGAGAACCACAACUGCACAGCUGAGAGGAAAGAUGAGUCGACAUACGAUAAAGAGGAAAUGAAAGCAAAAGAUGUUACCCAAAAUGAAGACGCAAGCCUUGUCAACGAAACUCCAGAUACCGAACAUCGACAGUACAAGUGUGAUCAGUGUGGGCGGUCGUACAGACACGCCGGCUCUCUCCUUAACCACAAAAAGUCCCACAAGACAGGUGUGUUCAGAUGUCUCGUCUGCCAGAAACGCUUCUACAACUUGUUGGCACUUAAAAACCACCAGAGGUCCCACUUUGAUAUUAAGAGGCACACUUGCCAUGAGUGUGGGAAAGCCUUCAAAAUUCAGAAGCAGCUACUGAAUCACCUGAGAAGGCACAAAGAGAACCAAGCCAAAAUCCAGGAACUCAACAACCAGAUCCAGGCUCUCAUGCAGAUGAAUGGGACCAGGUCAGAUGGAGGAAUGCAGUCCUUAACUUCAAAUGCCAAUCAGGCUUUAACCUCUUCUCGACGCUGCAAGCAACUGCCCGAAGUAAAGAAGAAGGUACAAAUGAAGACUGAGACUGUCAAAUCAGAGAACACAGGAGACAGACGUCCGUUCGCCUGCGACCAGUGUGGGCGCACCUAUCGCCACGCAGGAAGUCUGGUCAACCACAGAAACUCUCAUAAAACUGGUGAAUAUUACUGUUCUGUUUGUAACAAUACAUACUCCAAUCAACUCGCAAUGAAGAACCACUUGCGCACCCAUUUUGCAUAUAAAAAGCACUCUUGCCAAAACUGUGGAAAAGGCUUCAGGGGAAAGAAACAGCUAUUAGCUCACGUUUGUGCAGACCUCAGAAAGGAUGUGACUGGGGGCAGGAGGGGCGGAAAAUCCAGAGCCUUCAAGUGUAAGGAAUGCAAGCAGGCCUUUUUCUCUGUUGACCAACUGACAGCGCACACCUGUGACAGACCUUCAGGUAGCAGUGAUGCACAAACAGAGAUGUGUUCAAGUAAAGAGGAGCGGCCUUUCACGUGCAACAUAUGCAAUCGCAGCUACCGCCAUGCAGGCUCGCUCCUGAACCACAAAAACACCCACAAGACCGGACACUUCAGCUGCACCUUUUGCUCCAAGCCUUUCACCAACCCCAUGGCUUUACGCAAUCACACGCGCAUCCACACUCAGAAGAAAAAGUACGUGUGUCUCACGUGUGGGAAGGCCUUCCGCCUCGCCAGUAUCCUGCACAACCACCAGAGGGUCCACAACCGGGUGUCCAGUCACUUCAGCUGUUCUGCGUGCGGAAAGAGCUUCCAGGGCAGGUCUGGCUUGAAGAGGCACCGCUGCCGCAGAGGUCAGGAGAACUCGGUGAGAGCUGGAGUCCAGCAGUCAGAGAGGGGAGACAAGUGCUUCAUGUGUGACCUGUGUGGGCGCUCCUACCGCCAUGCUGGCUCUCUCCUCAACCAUAAAAAGACACACUCCGAAAACCUCCACCACUGUACCUUGUGUCUCCAGACAUUUCCUGAUCCUCUCACUCUACAGAUACACUCCCAGAUGAGGCGUCACUGCUGCCCCGAGUGCGGCAAGACCUUCUGUCUGGUCGCGCACCUGCAGAGCCACAUGGAUGUGCACUCGAAGGACCAGCCUGUAGUCUGCAGCAUCUGCCAGCAGAGCUUUCCCAACGCAGCCAGCUACCAGCAGCACGAGGACAUGCACCACGGGUCUCAGGACCCCUAUCAACAAGAACCUGUAGAUAACAUCUGCUGGGACUCAGGAAUAAAUCAGACCAUGGAGAUGGAUGGGAUGCAACAGGAACAGGUUCCACCACCUUUAUCCCAUAUUCCAGAAAGCAUAGCCAACUCACAGAAAAGCAACGACUCCACUGGUGCAGAAGAGAAGAGCCACGUCUGCGAGCACUGUGGCCGCACUUACCGCCACGCCGGCUCCCUCCUCAACCACAAGAACAGCCACAAGACUGGUUCCUUCUUUUGCUCCGUGUGCCAGAAAGAGUUCACCAACCUGAUGGCUCUCAAGAACCACCGGCGCAUCCACACGGAGCCCAAGCGUUACCAGUGUCUGGAAUGCGGAAAGGCGUUCCGCGUGUCCACUCAGCUCAUAUGUCACAGACGAAUCCACACCAAAGAGAAGCCCUUCGCCUGCCUGCUGUGCGACAAGAGCUUUUCAAGCAAGUCCAACCUGCGGCACCAUCAGAAGAUGCACCAGAACACCCAGACCUACGACUCUUCUUUUAGCAUGGAUGCUAACGCGUUUAUGGACUUGGACAUGGGGUCUUUCCUUUGAAGUGGCAAUCCAGAGAAGAGGCUGACUGGUCCUCUUAUUUAUCUGUUAUUUAUCCCUGUAUCAAUAAUUGUAAAACAGUAUUUCUUUUCAGAAAGUGCUCCUUGGUCCUGACAGAAGCUCCUUUGAAGACAUGCAAAUUUCAUUACGGACUUCCAGUCUUACCUCCACAACUGAUAGUGACAUCACAGAAAGCUCUCCAGAGGGUCUGUUGGCUUCAUAAGGCCUGAAUGUUUUUCACAGGAUCCCAGAAUACGGGACGGGCGAUGAAAAUAUUAGUCACCGCUCACUCCUCAAUGACAAACCAACUGACCAAAGUGAACAGAACAGUGCAGCCCAGGUCCAUCUAAGAACAUUAACACUGAUAACAUGUUUUUGUAAGACUGUUCUAACGGUGAUCUCUCCUCUCUUGCUAUGUAUAAUUGUGUUCAGUGCCUCUGUAAGUUCCUUAGGAAACAAAAUAUACAAACUAUAUUUAUCUCUGAAUCCUUUUGUUAGCUUUGCCGUGUCGGAAGGACUGCUCACUCUCCUUAUUGGAUCUCACAUAGGGCAAGCCUGUUAUUAUUAAGUCAAAUACCUCUGGGUGUGUCCAAAGGUCAGUGGCAAAGUGAUUUACUGAAAUCUUAUUAUCAAGUAAAUAGUCGUACAGCUAAUAAUAUUCACGUUGAGUGACAUUGUAUGCUAAAAUGGAUGUAUUUAUUAAUUUAUUCCUGUUAUUUUAUGUGCAUAUUUUAUUAGAAAAACCUUUUAUGAAUGUUGUAAAAAAACAAAAAAAAACAGAAACAAAACAAGAACUGUCCUCGAAAACUCAUGUAGCCUUUAAGGAAGUUCAUCAGUCGAUUUGUAUCUUUUGUUCUCAGUUACAACAAGCAGGAAUGAAUGAGCCAAGCGUGAUUGGCAUCAUUGGCAGCACUCAGGGUAAACCUUCAAAAGGAACACACCUGAUGUGUAAAACAAUUUCGAUCAGUUUCUGAACUGAGCAUAGCAUUUAUUUCUCACUCGUGCCAUUACCACUCUAAUAAUUUAGCCCAUGUAAUAGUCACUCACAACAUUUAGUUGCAGCUCCGUUGGCAGCGCAUGCUGUUGAAUUAUGAUCCAUCUUGAACCCCCUCGAGAAGCACCAGUUAUGUUGAAGUGCCAGUGCCUAAAAUGUAAGUCAACUGUAGCAGUUUAAUGUGAACAAACCUCCUCUCACUGUACGUAUUAUACUGUAAACCACAGUGUUGAUUUUAUACUGUCAUCACUAGAUUUUCUUUUUAAUUUAUAUGCUGGUCUGUGAAUCUCCUCAGACACAAACGUCUUAAAGCAGUAGAUAACAAAGGUAUUUCCUACAGUGUGGUGAAAGUGGUUCCUUUUUGACUUUUCUUCCCUCACAGAUACUUUAUAUGAAUCAAAUCUGUAUUUUUGGACAUAUACGUGGCCAAAAUACCUCCUUUCUGCCAAGCACAAGUAUUACUACAAACAUGCUAUACAUAUAUGAACCAGUUUCACCUUCACUGUCAAGUUCAUGAACCACUUAUCUUUGAAAAAUGUGCAAUUAUUGAUUCUCUGGUUAUUUCUUUUGCCAAGUUGUCUAAUGUGCCUGUUGUUCCUGAAGUGGUUUCUUCUCACAAAUCGAGAAAUCUAGCAAACGUGAACACACAGCCUUUGUUUUUGUUUUUUUAUAACAAAUCUAAAAUUAGAUUUUCUUUAUGCCUUAUUCAUUUCAUUCAUGAGUAUGUUUGGCACUGGUCAGAAGUAUGAAAUACCUCAUGGAAAGCCCUGCCUACCUAGCAACUGCUACUUAAUGCCUCAUGCAGCUUAAUUGUAGAGAAUACACUGUAAUCAUAGAAACUCAGUUACCAGUUGUAAGACAAAUAGAAUGGAUGAAGCAUCGAUUUUAAGGUUUUUAUUUUGUAAUUUGCUGAUGCUGUUCUCUCAAUUUUUUUUCUCUGUUUCUCUGCAGUUUGUUGUUUUCAGAGUUAUAUUUGCACAUUUGUAGAUUUGUAGCCUACGGAGGACAGGAAGUCUAUAAUAAUUCAGCCAACCUGUUGUUGUUGUCAGAGUGUUGACAGGCAACAAGUCGGCUGUCCGAUAGUUCACCUCAGCUAGUUUUGCGGGUCGUAAAAUUUAAGCAAUAUGCUGAAAGUAUUGUUUCAGUGCAUGAACUGAGUCCAUCUCAUUUGUUUUGUCUUACCGUGUAUCGAGUACAGUGACAUCAGAUUCAGCAUACUGACACUAGCCUUGAAAACCCAUGACAACUCACCAUCUUUUAUUAAUUUGUUUGAUUUCUCAUGUGUAAUAACUGUAAUAAUUUAGGUGAUCACACUGUAACAUAUUUUCAUACACCAUGGUAGCCUACAUGUAAACGGACACACGCACAUUUGAGUUCAAACUGACUUAUUUUUAUAUUUCCUCAUCUUAUCUCCUGUGGCACUUAACACGUUCACUCCUCUGUCAUUGAUCACAAUCACCGCCCGGUAUUCGUGACAUGUGUUAAAUCUCAGAGCUCUCUCUGUAAAUAUUAGAGCUCAGAUAUCGCUCAGAUCUCUGUAUGUUCACGGCAAAGAGUUUCUUCAGCAGGAGAAAAGUGAUAGAUUAGCUAUUGUGUAAUAAAAAUAAAAAAAACAUAUACCA